UGAUGGAACGUUCUGGAAAGCCUUUCAGCUGUAGGAAACUGGAGAGAAGACACAAUCUUCAAUUCUGACAUUCUUCAUUUGAGCUGAACAGAAGGAACCAAACUAAAACCAACUUCAGGAGUUCCUACAGUCAGUAGUGUCAGUGCUGGAUCCAGGCAGAGAUAACUCAGUGGGAUAACGGACCAUGCUCCUCCCCUGUGGACGCCCAGGCUUUUGGCCACAUCACAAGUGGUGUCAUAUCAGCUAAAUCAGACCGAGAAAUAAUCCGUUUUAUUUGGGCUUGGUCAGACUCCACUGACAGCAACACUUCAACCUCUCUGGUCAAAUGGCAGAGGAAUACGAACAGGCAGAAUUUAUCAAAGAUCGGCUGUACUUUGCUACUCUUCGUGUCAAACCAAAGAACACUGCAAACACACACUUCUUCAGCACUGAUGAGGAGUUGGUCUAUGAGAGUUUCUAUGCAGACUUUGGGCCCCUGAAUCUUGCAAUGCUCUACAGAUACUGCUGCAAACUCAACAAGAAGCUCAAGUCCUUCACAAUGUCUAGAAAGAAACUGGUUCACUUCACCAGCUUUGACCAAAAGAAGAGAGCCAACGCUGCUUUUCUCAUUGCUGCCUACUCGGUUAUCUAUUUGAAAAGGAGUCCAGAUGAAGCCUACAGAACUCUGAUCUCAGGAAAUAAUACUCCCUACCUGCCAUUCAGGGACGCAGCAGCAGCAGAGAGCACCUUCCACCUCACGGUCCUGGACUGUUUGCAGGGAAUACAGAAGGCAUUGCAGCACAGCUUCCUGGAUUUUGAAACUUUUAGUCCUGAGAAAUAUGAACAUUACGAGCGAGUUGAAAAUGGAGACAUGAACUGGAUCAUCCCAGGAAAAAUUCUGGCUUUCAGCAGCCCUCAUGCUCGAAACAGGGUGGAGAACGGUUAUCCUCUCCAUGCACCUGAGGCAUACUUUGAGUUCUUCAGCCAAAGCAACGUGACUGAUGUGGUCCGCCUGAACAAGAAGCUGUAUGAGAGCCGACGGUUUGAGGACGCAGGAUUUGAACACCAUGAUUUCUUCUUCAUGGACGGCUCAACACCCUCUGACCUGAUCGUUAGACGCUUCCUGCAUGUGUGUGAGAGUGCAGAGGGAGCUGUAGCCGUGCACUGUAAAGCUGGUUUGGGCCGUACAGGCACCCUGAUCGCCUGCUAUCUGAUGAAGCACUUCAGAUUCACAGCAGCUGAGGCGAUUGCUUGGAUCAGGAUCUGCCGACCCGGGUCAAUCAUUGGUCCCCAGCAGAACUUCUUAGAAGAGAAACAGCACAGCUUGUGGGUUCAGGGAGACGUGCAUCGCUCCAAACAGAAGCUUGUCCAGCAGAGGUUCAAUCGACAGCAGCAGCAGCAGCAGCAGCAGCAGCAGCAGCAGCAGUACCAUCUUCCUGGUUCUGACCCGGUACCACUGAGCAGACAAGAAGCAAUGCCUCAUCUGGUUACAAGCAUGAAUGACCUGUCAAUCAAAACCACUCUGUGCAAAUCCUACAGUUUGGAUGAAAGCAACUGUAAGGAAACCAGUCUGACCCAGGGAGACAAUCUGAGAGCAGUGAAGGGAAAACGGACACCAAGAUCAGCUUCCUCCUCUUCCAGGUCAAACAAGUCCCACUGUUCCAUCCUCCCUCCCCCUAAGUCACCUAAAAUCUGCCUUUCCCUUCCUCCUUCCUCUUCUAAAAAUCUUAGAAGAAGCUCUUCCACUGUCACACAGAUCAAGAGGUGGGUGAUGACUGUCCUGCUGGGUGACACAGACACCAUUUUUUCUUAUUCUGUCUUUGCUAACUCUUUGACAUUGCAUGCCUCUCUCCUCAGCCCUUUCAGCCUUAGUCUUUUCAGCACCAGGCCUGCACUGAUUCACUGAGCUCAGCUGGGAGAACCAGGUUCAGCAGAUCGCAAAACUGGAUCAGCCAGAGUCUGGGAAGGCCUUAAAGAUUGUGUUCAUGAAGCUGUUGAACUGUGUUUCAUUGAUUUGUGAAAACAGUCGAUGAACAAAUCAGCUGUUAAGAAUUAGAUUUUUCCUGUAUAACCCAUUGUAACAUAACCACUAUGUUUGGGGGUUUUUCUGAAUAAAUACAGUUAAGGGUAAAUGCAUCAAAUUGUUUUGUAGAACAGUUGCUGUUAUUUCAUUGUUCAGAUUAUUUCUGAACAAUCAACCUGUUUAAGGUUGAUUUUGCGCAGCAUCAUGCUGGUUUUAGGUGUGGUUGAAAUUAGUGAAUAAAAAGGGGCGUGGCGGCGGCGCAACCGGAGAGGAAGACGCACAUCGUCAGAUUUGACUUGAGUGAAUGUUUAAAAUGAGUUAAAAAUCAAAGAAAAGAGAUGAAACAGCAAUCAAAGUUCGCCCCAGCGCCGCGGAUCGUGAAUUUAGAAACCGGAUUGGAGCUUGCACCCAGGAAACGCCGCCUGGUGCGAGAGGACGCCACCGAGGGGGAAGGAAGACGCUCCCGGUGAAAUCUGGACUUCACUUUUCUUUAUGGGGGACUUUUGGUGGUACCACUCUUUUUUCUUAUUUUUUGGGGGGUGUUGACGUUUUGGAUCGGGCUUUUGGAUUAAAACGAAGAAAUACUUCCAGGACUUUGUUUAGUUUUUUGGAGGAUAUGGAACAAUAUUCUUUUAAAAAAAGAACGGGAAAUUUUGGACCUUUAAUUAUUUAAGUUCUUUGCUAAUAUAAACUGAGUGAUUUAAAUCUAACCUAUAAUUAUUCUUUGAGGGAUUUUUGGUUAUUGAUCUAUUAAUCAAGAUAACUAUUAUUAUUUUUUGGUAUUGUCUUUUUUUUUCUGAAUAAAUCAUUGUUGCUAAAAAUCAACAAAUUUCUUAUUGAGUGGUUGGAUAUUUAAUUUCUUAUCAAAUUAAUGGUGUAACCUACUUUACCUGAUUCCUGUGACAGAUCCCCCUUGAGUGUAUUGUGAGUUCUGCUUUUAGACGAGCUGAAUUUCACACCGUGAACAACCGGUGGUUGUUGUCUGUGAUGCACACAGGGCUUUUCUGAACAUUGACCUAGCAACAUGUUGCUUUCUCUCACUUUUGAGCUGCUGAUGUCGACAACAGACCUUUUAGAGAUGAACUAAAACAAGUGCCUCACUUGAAAACAGAAGUUUUCAAGUGAGGCACAAAGAACAUGUUUGGUGGCACAAAC